AUGCUUUACUUUGCAAACCCUCUUUUAAGAAAUACCAUUUUCAGAAGUCAAUUUGAUAGCACCAAGAGGAGGCAAUGCCUCCAAUAUUUGAAAACCCUGAGAACCCUGCAACAUGGUGGAUUUAAGACCAUAUUUUUGGGUGAAACCAAUAUCCCAGAAAGUCUUGUAACUGGGGAAGAUUCCAGUGAUGGAUAUUUCAUGCCAAAUCCAACUUGGUGCAUUGUGCAUGCUGGGGGCAGUCAAGGUUGGGUGCCUUGGAAAUAUCGGGUAUUCCUAAGAGAUGAGUUAUGUACCAAACAAGAAGACGGCCUCUUCUUUGAGUUCUGUGAUGUGGUAAAGAAGAUCUAUGGGAGUUGUGCCAUCGUGGUCAAAGAGAGAAGGUGGCAGGACAGGAUGAGGCCAAAGGAAGACGAGUCUGAGGCCCAGUGCCAGGCCCCAUCGGUCAUUAAUUUAACAAGCAUCGUGUGUUCCCCUGAGGUGGCCAAGUCCUACGGCCAUGAACUGCUCUGUCUGCCUUCCCCUUACAAUUACUUGAACCCUUUGGACUCAGCCUGGUCUUCUCUGAAGUGGUUUAUCAUCAACAACAGAAAAGAGUUUUCUUUACAGUCUAUUGACAGCAUCUAUUCUUACCAGUAUAUACUUUUCAACAAUUUAAUUAGCAAAGGGAUUGAAAGGAUAAACCCUAGCAAGUGGAAAACAAUAACUAACAGAGUACGGAGAUGGGAAAACUACUAUCUUGGUAAAUUUUCUUAA